AAGACAUGGCUUUUAUAAGGGGUCAGAAGAGAGAGCCGUGAGUGACACAGGACCCGGCAACCCUGAGGGACCCAGGAGAGGAAGGCCAGGAUGGCAGCGUUUGCAGAUAAGGCCACGUUGGACCUGAGGAAGCUCCCACUUCUGCUCCUGCUCUGCGUGCAGCUCUCACACACCUUUCCAGUUCGAGGGGAGUCCCCAGAAGAGAAGAGCACACGAGUUGUUCAGGACUACCUAGAAAAGUUCUACCAGUUACCCAGGAACAGAUUCCAGUCUGAGAGGAAGAACAGCACCAGUGUGAUUAUGGAAAAGCUCAGAGAGAUGCAGCGAUUCUUUGGGUUGAACGAGACGGGGAAGCCCAAUCAGGAGACCCUGGAGAUGAUGCAGAAGCCUCGCUGCGGAGUGCCCGACAGCGGUGAUUUUAUGUUAACCCCGGGGAACCCCAAGUGGAAACAAACUAACCUGACCUACAGGAUUAUUAAGUACACCCCACAGUUGUCAGAGGCCAAUGUGGAGACAGCUAUUCAGAAAGCCUUUCAAGUAUGGAGUAAUGUAUCACCCCUGACCUUCACCAAGGUCUCACAGGGAGAAGUGGACAUCAGGAUCUCUUUCGUCCAAGGAGAUCAUGGUGACAAUUCGCCAUUUGACGGACCCAAUGGAAUCCUCGCUCAUGCCUUUCAGCCGGGCCAAGGUAUUGGAGGAGAUGUUCACUUCGAUGCAGAAGAAACAUGGACCGAAAAUUCUAGCAAUUAUAAUUUGUUUCUUGUUGCUGCCCAUGAAGUUGGCCAUUCCUUGGGGCUCUCUCAUUCCACUGACCCUGGUGCCUUGAUGUAUCCCAACUAUGUUUUCCACGACCCCAGCACCUACACCCUCCCUCAAGAUGACAUCAAUGGCAUUCAGACCAUCUACGGUCCUUCAAGCAACCCUGUCCAACCAACUGGACCAAGCACACCCACAACUUGUGACCCCAGACUGACAUUUGAUGCUAUCGCCACACUCCGUGGAGAAAUACUAUUCUUUAAAGACAAGUACUUCUGGAGGAGGCACCCACAGCUGCCAAGAGUGGAACUCAACUUCAUUUCUCUGUUCUGGCCAUCCUUGCCUGACGGUAUACAGGCGGCCUAUGAGGAUGUGGACAAGGACCUCGUUUUCCUGUUUAAAGGCAGCCAGUACUGGGCUCUGAGUGGCUAUGAUAUCAAGCAAGGUUAUCCCAAGGAUAUCUCAGACUACAGCUUCCCAAGCAGCGUCCAAGCCAUCGAUGCAGCUGUUUACUACAGGAGAAAAACCUACUUCUUUGUAAAUGACCAAGUCUGGAGAUAUGAUAACCAAAGACAGUCCAUGGAACCAGGUUACCCCAAAAGCAUAGCAAGUAUCUUUCCAGGAAUAGAAAGCACAGUUGAUGCAGUUUUCCAGCAGAAUCACGUCUUCCUUUUCUUCAGCGGACCAAGAUAUUAUGCAUUUGAUCUUGGUGCUCACGAGGUUAUUAGGGUUGGUAGAUCCAACAGAUGGCUCAACUGUAGAUAAAGCUAAAUCAGAGUCACACAUGUUGCAUCCACUUUCUGCAUGUGGAAGGAAAGCCUAGUUUGCAUAUCCAUUUUCUUCUCUCCUGUUUAUACUUUUCUCAACAAUAAGUAAUGUCAUUUGUUCUCAUUGUCUUCAUUGGACCUGCCGUCAGUGAAAAUACAUUUGGAGCGUCCCAUUGUCUCCAGGGCUGAUUGAGUUCCUACGGAUUCCAUCUCAAGAGAGGAAAUGAAGCCUUCCUUGUCACCUGACUAUUCACUAUUUCUUCACUUGCUUACCUAGCUUCUAAAAUGCUCGUCUAUAGCUAAGUCUUAAACAUAUCUUAAGCGAAUCUGCUACAUACAAUUCAGCACUGGUUUUGGUGAGACUUAGAGACCAUAAACAACAUCAACAGCACCUCUUGCCUUUACUGAAAAUGUGGUGCUAUUUUCCACUCUUGAAAAAAAAAUAUCGUUGAACUAUGUUGUGCCUUGAAUUGUAUCCCCCCAAGAAAGGUUGAGGUCUUAAUCCUAGGUACUAUGAAUAUACUCAAUUUGGAAGUAGAGUCUUUGAAGAUGCAAUUAGUUAAAAUGAGGUUCUACUGCAGGGUGGAUGUAGGGACCAAUGUCCUUGUAAGAAGAAGAACAACACAGACACGUAGUGGACAUGUCUUUGUCCAUGGGAAUGAUGGACAGACAUGGGAAUGAUGCAACUACAAGCCAAGAAUGGCCAGCAACCACCAGAAGCUAGAGAGGCAAGGAAGGUUCUUUCCUAGAACCUUCAGAGAAAAGAAUUUUAUCCUCCCAAUGCCUUGGUUUUAGACUUGUGGCUUCCAGAACUGAGAUAGAAUAAACUGGGUUCUUUAAGCCACCAAGUCUAUGAUACUUCCUUAUGGCAGCCCUUCCUUACGGUAGCCGGACAUCUACCGGCGAAUACAAUAUGUCUGCACUUAAGAAAACCAACACCAAAUGACAAAAUUGAACCCUCAAUAAAGAGUAUUGUCAUCUUCCCCAAAAAGGGGCAAAAAGAGGAGGUACCACUUUCUCUUCUGUCUCUUCCCUGCUCUGUCCUCUUAGAGUCCAAGCAAAUGUGUUGGUGUUUGGAUCUGUUCCUUAUUUCUUCUUUUCCAGGAAUACUCAGGUGGGCACACUCUACUCAUAAGUGGAAUUUACCACAAAAACAGUGCUGGGCACAAAAUUCAAUGAAUCUCAUUAAACUAAAUAAACUAAGCUGAGAUGUACA